AAGAAAUGAAAACUUGAAAAAUCUCAGUUCUCUUCUCCUCAGCAGUGCGAAAGUAUUCAAUUAAUUGAAAAGGCUGCCCCAGCCUUUAUCCAUUUCUAAUUAUAUUUGUUUUUGCGUGAAUUCUAUUUAUUUUCUGCGUACAUUGUAACAUUUGCAUUACACUCCUCCCCACACCGAUACCGACCGCCGCCGUCGCGCCGUCAACUUAACAACCAGGAAAUCGAACAAAUUAUUUGCUCUUGUGCUCGGAUUGUUGUUAUCUUAUUAUUUGAAAUAAAAAAAAAAAUAAGAAUUCAAAAACAGACUUGUUAUCAAAUAAAUAAUAAUUCAAAAAAAGGAAAACUGAUUAAUUGCUAAAAAAUAUAAACGCUAAUCGGAAAUACGAUGUGAAAAAAGAUCGAAUUCCUCUGAAUUUUUCAGUUUCGACUUUUUCUUUUCUUUUCCGUUUUAUUUUUGGUUUAAUUUUUGCAGCAGAUAAAAAAUCAGAUAUUUGUGAUUCGAGUCCACAAAUAAGAAAAUAAAAAACAUAAAUUAAAUCAAAGAAUUUCCACACAAUGGAUAUUGUUGGUUUAAUUAGAUCUUCGUACCGAGAUUACGGAACCAUAUUUUCCGAUACGUGGAUUCAUUACAUAUCGCUGGAAGUCCGAACAACGGCGUUUUUAUGUAUAUCCCUCGGCAUCAUAACUUGUAUUUUAGUCGUGUGGUAUGUUCUCUACAGAAGAUGGGCACGCAGCAAAGAACGCGACGCCCUUUUACUUGCUCAAAACUCAGACCUAAGUCGAUUGCGUUUUCGGAAACGUGAUAAAAUGCUCUUCUACGGACGACGUAUGUUGCGCAAAGUAAAGAACGUAUCUGGCCAAGUGUACAACGGCCAAGGCCGCAAACGAAAGGCAGUGAUGGGUUUUGCAAAAAAAAUCCUCCAAAUGCGAGGAGAAAAUAUGCCAAUGCAACUUAAGACUGUCGAACCACCAGCCGAGUAUCUGGAAGAAAUGAUGGAAGGAAGUGAUAGAGUUCCACCUGAUGCUCUCUACAUGCUCCAGAGUAUACGCAUCUUUGGUCAUUUCGAGAAACCCAUCUUCCUCAAAUUGUGCAAACAUACAGAAAUUGUCAACCUAGAACCUAAUGAUUACCUUUUCACAAUCGCACAUGACGACGAUAGUGUGUUCAUUGUUCAAUCAGGGUGCUUACAUGUGUUCAUCAAUAAUGCAGAUGGGAGCACACUGUCUUUGAAGACUGUAAAGAAGGGAGAGUCGGUUACGUCGUUGUUGAGUUUUGUCGAUGUGCUGUCGGGAAAUCGGAGUUUCUAUAAAACCGUUUCGGCGAAAGCAGUCGAAAAAAGUCAGGUCAUCCGUCUUCCCAUGAAGGCUUUCAAGGAAGUCUUCGAUGAGAAUCCAGAUAUAAUGAUCCGAGUGAUUCAGGUAAUAAUGAUUAGACUGCAACGUGUCAUCUUCACUGCGCUACGCAACUAUCUGGGUCUCACAUCGGAGCUUGUUCAGAAUAAUAUGCGUGGAAAGAAAAGCCAUAUCAAUGUGAAGACAUCGCCAGUCCAUAAGCGUUCGGAACACUUUCAGCACACACUUUCGGACUCGUUUGUCCCACCAGAUAUGUUAGCAGACCUUGGCGACCCACAGCAUUCGAAUGCCUUGGGCUUGAGUGCCAGUAACACAGGCAAUCGUCGUACCUCAGUAUCAAACACAGAGUCCAUCGAUGUGAAGCUGGUUCAUUCGUCUGCCGUUACUAGUUUCCUCAAAGAACUUGGUCUUGGUGAGGAUGACCGUGGUAUGUUGGAUGGAAUAGUUGAAGUUCGAGAAGUCGAAGCCGGUACAACGAUUGUCUCGGAAGGCAGUAUAGAGGAAGUAUGCCUUUGUUUUGUUAUGACCGGUUGUCUCUCGGUUUAUCAGAAUGCCGCUGAUAUUCCUCGAGUGGUUAAGAAAAAAGAUCAAAGUGAGGUAUUUAUUCACACGGUUCAUCCAGGAGAGAUUGUCGGAGGACUGGCCGUGUUAACUGGAGAGGGGAGUGACUACACCAUUCGAGCUAAACACCCGAGUCGAGUUGCUUUGAUAUUGAGACCUGCUGUCUAUCAAAUAAUGCGUGAACGUCCAAACAUUGUUCUAGACAUAGCAAAUGGUGUAGUUCGACGACUCUCACCUCUAGUACGUCAAUGUGACUACGCAUUGGAUUGGAUAUUCCUUGAGUCCGGUCGAGCUGUUUACCGUCAAGAUGAAGUGAGCGAUAGUACUUAUAUUGUGUUAAGUGGACGUAUGCGUUCGGUUAUUACCCAAUCGAGUGGCAAGAAAGAGAUUGUCGGAGAGUAUGGUAAAGGCGAUUUGGUUGGUAUCAUCGAGAUGAUAACAGAAACUCCCCGAACAACAACUGUAAUGGCUGUCCGAGAUACUGAACUGGCUAAACUUCCCGAAGGACUUUUCAAUGCAAUCAAACUACGCUAUCCAAUUGUGGUAUCGAAACUUAUAAGCCUGCUCAGUCAUAGAAUUCUAGGAAGCAUGCAAUCUCGUACAUCAGGUUCGGCUCCACUGGAGGCUAAUCCUGUCACACAUAAAUAUUCAACGGUGGCAUUGGUUCCUGUGAGUGAUGAUGUGCCUUUGACUGCAUUCACCUAUGAAAUAUAUCAUUCGCUUUGUGCAAUUGGACCAACAUUGCGUCUGACAUCAGAAGUCGUGGCCAAACAAUUGGGCUCUCACAUCCUAGAAGCCAGCAACGAAUAUAGGAUGACAUCUUGGCUGGCACAGCAAGAAGAUAGAAAUAUUAUAACCCUGUAUCAGUGUGACUCUUCGUUGAGCCAAUGGACACAACGAUGCAUGCGUCAAGCCGAUGUGAUAUUGAUCGUCGGCAUUGGUGAUCGCUCACCAACUGUGUGUAAAUUCGAACGUGAGAUCGACAGACUGGCAUUAAGAACCCAAAAGGAACUUGUAUUGCUUCAUCCGGAAGCAACGAAUGCAAAACCAUUCAAUACCCUACAAUGGUUGAAUGUACGUCCCUGGGUCACGAAUCAUCAUCAUAUUCAGUGUCCUAAAAGAAUGUUCACACGAACUAGUCAAUACCGAAUUAACGAUCUCUACGACCGAGUUCUUAAAUCAGAACCAAAUAUGCAUUCCGAUUUUUCACGACUCGCUCGUUGGUUGACUGGAAAUUCGGUGGGACUAGUUUUGGGUGGCGGUGGAGCUCGUGGCGCCGCUCACAUUGGCAUGCUAAAGGCUAUUCAAGAGGCUGGUAUUCCCAUUGACAUGGUCGGUGGGGUGAGCAUUGGUGCCCUAAUGGGUGGAUUGUGGUGUGGUGAUAGGAAUAUCACAACAGUUACACAGAAGGCUCGUGAAUGGUCAAAGCAAAUGACCAAAUGGUUCCUUCAAUUGUUGGACCUGACCUAUCCCAUUACAUCCAUGUUCUCUGGUCGAGAAUUUAAUAAAACCAUUCGAGGCACAUUCGGAGAGGUUUGCAUUGAAGACUUGUGGAUUCCAUUUUUCACUCUAACCACCGAUAUAACAGCAAGUUGUCAUCGAAUUCAUACUAACGGGUGUAUGUGGCGCUACAUUCGUGCCAGCAUGAGCAUAGCUGGAGUAUUUCCUCCAUUUUGCGACUACAAAGAUGGCCAUUUACUCCUAGACGGUUGCUACACAAACAAUGUUCCAGCGGAUGUGAUGCGAAAUCAAGGAGCAGCGCAUAUCAUAGCAGUAGAUGUAGGAUCUCAAGAUGACACUGAUCUGACAAACUACGGAGACGAUUUGUCUGGCUGGUGGUUGUUGUACAAAAAGUGGAAUCCAUUCACUUCACCUGUGAGAGUACCCGACUUGCCUGAUAUCCAAUCUAGACUGGCUUAUGUCUCUUGUGUGAGACAACUUGAGGAAGUGAAAAACUCUGACUAUUGUGAGUACAUUCGACCACCUAUCGAUAAGUACAAAACUUUGGCAUUUGGCAGUUUCGAUGAGAUCCGUGACGUUGGAUAUGUUCAUGGGAAGAACUACUUCGAGAAUAUGGCCAAGGCCGGGCGACUAGGUCGCUUCAAUCAAUGCAAUAAAGAGCCACCAAAGAAACAGAAUCACUCGCUAAGCGAGUACACAUUCAUCGAUCUCGCACAAAUCGUUUGCAAGCUUCCCGAAACCUACACCGAUAGUAAUUUCCUAUAUAGCGAGGACGAAGAAUUCGAUGGAUAUAUUUCAGAACCUUCCACUUUCCAUACGAAUGCGGAAUCUGCCAUGAGAAUCAAACGAACUGGAGGCUCUCUAUCUCUCUCCGAAAACGAAAUGGAUUCGGAUUUGGAAAUUGAGUUGGGUAUCAAACGAAAACGUGAGAAAUCGCGUAGCUUAACGCAAACACCAAUAUCAGACCCGAUGACAACUCCAUCUUCUGAUCAAAGUGACAGUUUUUCGCGGGGCAUUGCCGUGGCCGAUGCAGCGAGUACAAUCGAAGACCUUCCUUCCGACAACGAUCCAAAGGCAAACAGUUAGGUGAUAAGAAAACAUUUAUACAUUUAAUAUUAUGAACCUAGGAAGUAACAAGAACAACCGAUGAUGAUGUUAAAAAUAAGGACAGUGUCGAUGAGAAAACCAGAACAAAACAAAGAAAAAGAAAACAAAAACGAGUAUGACUUAGACUUUAUUUUUUCAACAAAAUAUACAAAUAGUUAAAUAAUAAUAAAAAAAUGGUAAUGUAAAUAUUUAGAAGAAAA